ACAUCGAACGCGAGUCUCUAUCAAUUAACAUUAGGAGCGACGAAGAGAAAGGCGCUGCUCCUGAGUUUUCUCCUCCAAACUCCUCGUGCGUGUAGUUUCUCUUGUGCUCUUUCUUCUUUCUUGUGUCGCACGCGCUUCGUCUACCAGUGCGCCUUUAAGACGCAGUCGUCGGAUUAGAGUUACGCGCGGAGAGAGCGCCUGUGUGGCUUUACGCACCGUCGGCAUCCAGGGGACCUCUCACUGACAUUUCCUCCGCCGUCUGUGGAACCAUCCACGCAGCGCGACAUGGCCGAGCCAGGAAAAGGAGUCAUCCCCGGGAAACUGGCGAUCAACGUCCAGAAGAGGCUGUCCCGAGCGCAGGAGAAGGUCUUGCAGAAACUUGGCAAAGCAGACGAGACCCGAGACACAGCGUUUGAAGAGAUGGUGGUCAACUUCAACAAGCAAAUGGCGGAAGGCACCAAACUACAGAAAGACCUUAAAGCCUACUUGACAGCAGUGAAAACGAUGCAUGAUGCGUCACGGCGACUGCAAGACUGUCUGGCUGAAAUGUACGAACCCGACUGGUUUGGUAAAGAGGAGCUGGAUGCAGCGGCAGAGGAUAUAGACACACUGUGGUUAGACUACCACCAGAGCGUCACGGACAAAUCCCUGAUUUCCAUGGACACGUACCUCACUCAGUUUCCUGAAAUCAAGAAUCGUAUAGCGAAACGCAACAGGAAGAUGGUGGACUUUGACAGCGCUCGGCACCACUUCGCCUCCUUACAGAAAGGCAAGAAGAAGGACGAGGCCAAGAUCGCCAAAGCAGAGGAGGAUCUGGGCCAAGCUCAAAAGAUUUUUGAGGAGCUUAAUGUGGAGUUACAGGAUGAGCUUCCAGUGCUGUGGGAGAGCCGUGUUAGCAUAUAUGUUAACACCUUCCAGAACCUGGCAGGUCAUCAGGAGAAGUUCCACAAAGAAAUGAGCAAGCUCAGCCAAAACCUGCAUGACAUCAUGACCAAACUGGAGGAGCAGCGGCAGCUCAAAAGAGGUUGUACUGCAGCAGCCAAGACACGAGAUGGUGCUAAGAGUGAAGAAGCCAACCACAGUGAAUCAGCUAGCUCACCACCAGAGAGGCCUGGUCCUCCGUCCAGCAGACCUCCAUCCAGACUCACACCGUCCCCAGACCAACGGCAGCAGCAUGUUGCGCUGUUCGAUGAGGAAGAUGAAGCUUCAGGGUCUGACGCUGACAAGUCUACAGCCACUACGAAGCAGCAGUGUGAGCCCUGGUCCGGGGUGAACCUGCUGAACUGGGAUUUGGAGAUUUUACAACCAGUCACACUUCCAGCUUCAAAGGUUGGUUGUUGGUUUAUUGAGGUGAAAGUUUGCAAUUUUUCCAGAGCUGAAAGGUCAAAAAACGGUUUUACGUGCAGACACCUUACUACGUUUUGACUGCAUGUAAACUUUUGUUUUGAUGGUCACUUGCAUUUACCUUUACAUUCAAUCUCACUUUGCAUGCACCUUUAUUUGUGAUGCUGGUUGAUCAUAUACAUGUUUAAAAGGACUCUGACUCAGUAGGUCGCUGUAAUCAAUCGUUAUCUGUUGGAACCAGGCAACGAGGCGAUAAGUGCAAAUAGCUCAUUGUAAAGUCCAGCCAGAGGAGUGAAGCUGGUCUUUCUGAAGGUCAGAGUCAGAGUUGAACCUCAUUCUAUAACACAGGAACUCCUGGAGUAGAAGAAGAAUCUUUCUAUCAGCGUGUAACAGUAACAGCCGUAAAAGUCAAACUUUCUUAGCAAUAAAGACCUUUGGUUUCCUCUAAACCUUGUUUGAUAGUGUUCUGCUGCAUCAUCCGGGACCAUUGUUCUCUCAACUUUAAUGAAUCUGAUGGCUCAGAAUCAUUUUCAACCUCUUGAGGAGCAUAAGUUGAGAAAAUCAAUGCCACUGGGUAUGUUUAGGUAAAAGAAUAAAGGCUGUUCAUUGCAGUGUGGACUGCCUCGCACCUUCAACAGAGACUGUUGUGUGAUAUCUAUUUUGUUUUUCCUUCACACAGAACUCCUGGAAAUCAGAGCAUUGACUCAGAUGGUCUUGCUCGUUUUAGCUUUGGAGGGUUAGGGUCAGACAUGAGAGCAGUUUUAAAACCAUGGGGAGCAGAGCCUUCAGCCGCCCUCUGGACUCUGGAUCUCACUUCCACCAGACAUCGAAAACAGACUCUCUUCCAAAACCCAUCAGUCUGUCCUAUGUAAUCAGCUACUGUGCUGUCCUGACCUGUCUCUACCUCCUGGUGUGUCUGUUCUAUCUGUCUUGCUUGUGUCAUUGAGUGUUAUAGGAGCUUAAGUAUAAAUUAAAUUCAUUUUUAUUCGUCUCUUAGAGGCAUUUUCUGACUGUGAAUAAACCUUUGAACUGAAAUAACCAACCUCCCUCUGUGGGCUGGAGUGAUGUGGAGGUCAAUGAGGGCUGGGGUAAUUCUGAGGAGGUCCGGGUGGAGUUAGGUGUGUACAGUUCAUGUACACAUAGGUUGGAAUCCUGGGAGUCCUGUGUCCAACAUCCUCAUUUGGUGAAAAUAACAAAACACCUGUCCUUUUUAAAUCUUUUAAAUCUGGUUCAAUUCUUACCAACUGUAUCAUCCUUUCUUAAACUUGGUCUUUUGUGCUUUUUUUCUG